AUGGAUUGUGGCACCCCCUUUUGUCAAACAAAUACAGGAUGUCCAGUGAAUAAUCUGAUUCCAGAAUGGAAUGAAUUAGUAUUUCGAAAUGAAUGGAAAGAAGCAUCGGAUCGGUUACAUAAGACAAAUAACUUUCCAGAAUUUACAGGACGUGUGUGUCCUGCACCAUGUGAAGCAGCAUGUGUUGCUGGACUUGUGGAUGAUCCAAUUACGAUCAAAAAUACAGAAUAUGCCAUUGUCGAUCGAGCGUUUGAAGAAGGAUGGAUUGUACCACGAGUACCACGUCGUAAUGGUCUUCGUGUAGCUAUUGUUGGCUCAGGUCCUGCUGGUCUAGCAGCUGCUGAUCAAUUGAAUCAAAAAGGUUAUUCUGUUACAGUCUAUGAACGAGAAGAUGAGAUUGGUGGAUUAUUAAUGUAUGGAAUUCCUAAUAUGAAAUUAGAGAAGAAAACAGUCACUCGACGUGUGAAUUUAUUACGUCAAGAAGGAAUUGACUUUGUCACAAAGACGGAAAUUGGACACAAUCUAUCGGUGAAAGAGCUACAGGCUGAAAAUGAUGCACUUGUAUUAGCAUUGGGCUCGACCGUACCACGUGAUGUAGACCUGCCUGGUCGUGAUCUCAAGGGUAUUCAUUUUGCAAUGGAAUUUCUUACAAAAAAUCAAAAACGGCUAUUGCUAACGGUUGAUGGAAAACUACAAAGUGGAUGGGACCGUGGGUUUGUCACUGCGGAAGGAAAAGAUGUUGUGGUGAUUGGCGGCGGUGAUACCGGUACUGACUGUAUUGCGACAUCCAUGCGGCAGCGUUGUAAAUCAGUGGUGAACUUGGAGCACAACUUGCAGCCUCCGGUCCAACGUGCCCCGGAGAAUCCAUGGCCCGAGUACCCACGUAUUUAUGGUGUCGACUAUGGCCAUGCUGAGGUACGUGCUGUGUUCGGUGAAGAUCCGCGUCAGUACGCUCGCAUUACAAAGGCUUUUAAGGGCAACGACAAGGGUGAAGUUACUCACGUGGUGACUAUGCGGGGUAGCAAGGACCCAAAGACAAAUAUUAUUACGGAAAUUCCUGGUAGUGAGGAGGAGAUUUCGUGUGAUUUGGUUCUGUUUGCCAUGGGUUUUGUGCACCCGGAACAGAAAAUCGCAGAGGCUCUUGGUCUGGAGAUAGACCAGCGCCGCAAUAUUCGUGCUGCAUACGGUGAGUAUCAGACAUCAGUGGAGGGUGUGUUUGCUGCUGGCGAUUGCCGUCGCGGUCAGUCUCUAGUAGUGUGGGCGAUUAAUGAAGGCCGCGGCGUUGCAGACGCAGUGGAAAAAUACUUUUUGCAAGAAGGUUUUCACCCGGAGGUGUCACAGAGCCAGCGCUUUGGGUAA